CGCCCCGCGUGCCUGAAGUUGCAGCCAGCGAGCGGCCAGUGACGAGCGGACGGCCCGAGGGGACCCCGGAGCGGCCGGCGCGCCGCUGAUGAGCCUUCGCGCCGGCAGCGAGACGCGGCGGUGCCCAGCACCCGAGCAGGCGGCCCGUGGGGGCCGAUCCGGCGGAGAGCGGACCCCGAGGCGAGGCGCGGCGCCCCUCCACACACGCUCACGGAGCCAUGAGGUGCCACGUUGCCACCAGCUGCCACGUGGUGUGGCUGUUUGUGCUGAUCUCUGGAUGCUGGGGCCAGGUGAACCGGCUGCCCUUCUUUAUCAACCACUUCUUCGACACCUACCUGCUGAUCAGCGAGGACACGCCUGUGGGUUCCUCUGUGACCCAGUUGCUGGCCCGAGACAUGGACAAUGACCCGCUGGUGUUUGGCGUGUCUGGUGAGGAGGCCUCCCGCUUCUUUGCUGUGGAGCCUGACACAGGAGUGGUGUGGCUCCGGCAGCCACUGGACAGAGAGACCAAAUCGGAGUUCACAGUGGAGUUCUCCGUCAGUGACCACCAGGGGGUGAUCACGCGGAAGGUGAACAUCCAGGUCGGGGACGUGAAUGACAACGCGCCCACAUUUCACAAUCAGCCCUACAGUGUCCGCAUCCCUGAGGACACACCGGUGGGGACGCCCAUCUUCAUCGUGAACGCCACCGACCCCGACCUGGGUGCCGGCGGCAGCGUCCUCUACUCCUUCCAGCCCCCCUCCCCGUUCUUCGCCAUCGACAGUGCCCGCGGCAUCGUCACGGUGAUCCAGGAGCUGGACUACGAGACGACGCAGGCCUACCAGCUCACCGUCAACGCCACGGAUCAAGACAAGACCAGGCCUCUGUCCACCCUGGCCAACCUGGCCAUCAUCAUCACAGAUGUCCAGGACAUGGACCCCAUCUUCAUCAACCUGCCCUACAGCACCAACAUCUAUGAGCACUCUCCUCCGGGCACCACUGUGCGCGUUAUCACCGCCAUCGACCAGGACAAAGGACGCCCCCGGGGGAUUGGCUACACCAUCGUCUCAGGGAAUACCAACAGCAUCUUUGCCCUGGACUACAUCAGUGGGGCGCUGACCCUGAAUGGUCUGCUGGACCGGGAGAACCCCCUGUACAGCCACGGCUUCAUCCUGACGGUGAAGGGCACAGAGCUGAAUGAUGACCGCACCCCCUCCGACGCCACCGUCACCACGACCUUCAACAUCCUGGUUAUCGAUAUCAAUGACAAUGCCCCAGAGUUCAACAGCUCUGAGUACAGCGUGGCCAUCACUGAGCUGGCGCAGGUCGGCUUUGCCCUCCCCCUCUUCAUCCAGGUGGUGGACAGGGAUGAGGGCCUGAACAGCAUGUUCGAGGUGUACCUGGUGGGGAACAACUCGCACCACUUCAUCAUCUCCCCCACCUCCGUCCAAGGGAAGGCGGACAUUCGCAUCCGGGUGGCCAUCCCCCUGGACUACGAGACCGUGGAGCGCUACGACUUCGACCUCUUUGCCAAUGAGAGUGUGCCCGACCACGUGGGCUAUGCCAAGGUGAAGAUCGCCCUCAUCAACGAGAAUGACAACCGGCCCAUCUUCAGCCAGCCGCUGUACAACGUCAGCCUGUACGAGAACGCCACCGUGGGGACCUCUGUGCUGACAGUGCUGGCAACGGACAAUGACGUGGGCACCUUCGGGGAAGUCAGCUACUUCUUCAGCGACGACCCGGACCGGUUCUCUCUGGACAAGGACACGGGACUUAUCAUGCUGAUCGCCAAGCUGGACUAUGAGCUCAUCCAGCGCUUCACCUUGACCGUCAUCGCCCGGGAUGGGGGCGGGGAGGAGACCACGGGCCGGGUCCGGAUCAACGUGUUGGACGUCAACGACAAUGUGCCCACCUUCCAGAAGGAUGCCUACGUGGGCGCCCUGCGAGAGAAUGAGCCUUCCGUCACACAGCUGGUGCGGCUCCGGGCAACAGAUGAAGACUCCCCUCCCAACAACCAGAUUACCUACAGCAUCGUCACCGCCUCCGCCUUUGGCAGCUACUUCGACAUCAGCGUGUAUGAAGGCUAUGCAGUGAUCAGUGUGAGCCGCCCCCUGGAUUACGAGCAGAUACCCAACGGACUGAUUUAUCUGACGGUCAUGGCCAAGGACGCUGGCAACCCCCCUCUGAACAGCACUGUCCCUGUCACCAUCGAGGUGUUUGAUGAAAAUGACAACCCUCCCACCUUCAGCAAGCCUGCGUAUUUCGUCUCUGUGGUGGAGAGCAUCAUGGCAGGAGCCACGGUGCUGAUCCUGAAUGCCACGGACCUGGACCGCUCCCGGGAGUACGGCCAGGAGUCCAUCAUCUACUCCUUGGAGGGCUCCUCCCAGUUCCGGAUCGGCGCCCGCUCAGGUGAACUCACCACCACCUCCCUGCUGGACCGUGAGGCCAAGUCUGAAUACAUCCUCAUCGUACGAGCAGUGGAUGGGGGCGUGGGCCACAACCAGAAAACUGGCAUCGCCACCGUCAACAUCACCCUCCUGGACAUCAACGACAACCACCCCACCUGGAAGGACGCUCCCUACUACAUCAACCUGGUGGAGAUGACCCCUCCAGACUCUGAUGUGACCACGGUGGUGGCCGUGGACCCGGACCUGGGGGAGAACGGCACCCUGGUGUAUAGCAUCCAGCCGCCUAACAAGUUCUACAGCAUCAACAGCAGCACGGGCAAGAUCCGCACCACCCACGUCAUGCUGGACCGGGAGAACCCUGACCCCCACGAAGCAGAGCUCAUGCGCAAGAUCAUCAUCUCCGUCACAGACUGUGGCAGGCCCCCUCUGAGAGCUACGAGCAGUGCCACGGUGUUUGUGAACCUCUUGGACCUCAAUGACAACGACCCCAUCUUUCAAAACCUGCCUUUUGUGGCUGAGGUACUUGAAGGCACCCCUGCGGGGGUCUCCGUCUACCAGGUGGUGGCCAUCGACCUGGACGAGGGCCUGAACGGGCUGGUGUCCUACCGCAUGCAGGUGGGCAUGCCCCGCAUGGACUUCCUCAUCAACAGCAGCAGCGGCGUGGUGGUCACCACCACCGAGCUGGACCGCGAGCGCAUCGCCCAGUACCAGCUGCGGGUGGUGGCUACCGACGCGGGCACGCCCACCAAGAGCUCCACCAGCACGCUCACCAUCCGAGUGCUGGACGUGAACGACGAGACGCCCACCUUCUUCCCGGCCGUGUACAACGUCUCCGUGUCCGAGGACGUGCCGCGGGAUUUCCGUGUGGUCUGGCUGAACUGCACCGACAACGACGUGGGCCUCAACGCGGAGCUCAGCUACUUCAUCACAGGUGGAAACGUGGAUGGGAAGUUCAGCGUUGGCUACCGCGAUGCCGUGGUGAGAACAGUGGUGAACCUGGACCGGGAGACCACGGCCGCGUACACACUCGUCCUGGAGGCCAUUGACAACGGCCCCGUGGGCAAGCGGCGCACCGGCACCGCCACCGUGUUCGUCACCGUCCUGGACGUGAAUGACAACCGGCCCAUCUUCCUGCAGAGCAGCUACGAGGCCAGUGUCCCCGAGGACAUCCCUGAGGGCCACAGCAUCGUGCAGCUACAGGCCACAGACGCCGACGAGGGCGAGUUUGGGCGUGUGUGGUACCGCAUCCUCCAAGGUAACCAUGGCAACCACUUCCGUAUCCACAUCAGUGACGGGCUCCUGGUGCGAGGGCCCCAGCCCCUGGACCGGGAGCAAGACUCAUCCCACGUGCUGAUAGUGGAGGCCUAUAACCACGACCUGGGCCCCAUGCGGAGCUCCGUCAGGGUGAUCGUGUAUGUGGAGGACGUCAACGAUGAGGCCCCGGUGUUCACGCAGCAACAGUACAGCCGCCUGGCACUUCGAGAGACUGCAGGCAUUGGCACGUCUGUCAUCGUCGUCAAAGCCACAGACCGAGACACUGGGGACGGUGGCCUGAUAAACUACCGCAUCCUGUCGGGUGCAGAAGGGAAAUUCGAGAUUGACGAGAGCACGGGGCUUAUCAUCACUGUGGAUUACCUGGACUACGAGACCAAGACCAGCUACCUGAUGAACGUGUCCGCCACCGACCAGGCGCCCCCCUUCAACCAGGGCUUCUGCAGCGUCUAUAUCACGCUGCUCAACGAGCUGGAUGAGGACGUGCAGUUCUCCAACGCCUCCUAUGAGGCUGCCAUCAUGGAGAACCUGGCCCUGGGCACCGAGAUUGUGCGGGUCCAGGCCUACUCCAUCGACAACAUCAACCUGAUCACCUAUCGCUUUGACGCCUACACCAGCGCGCAGGCCAAAGCCCUCUUCAAGAUAGACACCUACACGGUGAGGGAGGCUGGGUCAGCAAGUGCUCUCCGAGGAGCGGGAGCUCAGCCCUUUUACAGCCAGCCAGCAUUUAUUCAGCUCCUCUGUAUGCAGGGCACGCUGCUCUUCGUCAUAAAGUAUCGAUAA